AGCAGCGCACAUCAACCAAAAAAAUCAAAACACUCGGAGGUGUUUUUUCUUAAUUAAAUAAAUUGCAUAAUUUACGCCAACAAAAAUAUUAAAAAAAUAACAAAUACGUGCCAAAUUAAACUACUUGGCAUUUGGCUUCAUUGAAGAGAAAAGCGAACAAUAAUUGCCCUCAAUUAUUCGGUGCACAACAGCCAAAUGAAGAAACGAGUAAUCGUGAAGAAGCUUAUUUCAGAUUUAAUUUGUGUUCGUCUCAACCUCAGCAAAUCCAAUUCCCCGCAAUUAGACUUUGUCUCCCCCCGCAACAAGUAACCUUUGUAUUUUAUGUCUUCGUACCAUGAGUGAUGUUGAUAUUGUUGUGAAAAAACUGGCGCCCAAGCCAGCCAAAUCCAUUGAUAAGGAUACCGAUGGUGAUGGCGAUGGCAAUGUCGAAGUCAGAUACAGUUAUACGGGACGCAUGCAGGAGCUGGUUGAGGGCUACAACGCUGCGAUACAGUUGCUGGUGCCAAAGUGGCCCUGGUAUUUCUAUCCCGGUUAUCUGAUUUAUGCCGUCUACUGGCGCUAUGCCAAAUACUACAGGGGCAAAUAUCUGUUGACGCCUAUGCCGAAUCGCCUCUAUGAAUUGCUCAUAAGGAACGAGCUAAUCAAGUCUGAGCACAUUAUAUUUGCCAGCCGGGAUGUCUACGAUACCUAUGCCGAAUCGGACGAUGUGAAUUUCGUUAAUCUGGUGCUGCGACGCAGUCGCAAAGCAAACGCAGACAGCGCUACCACCAACAACGAUCGAUCAUGGAGCUCUUCCGAUGUGGUGAUCAAGCAAAUACUGCAAGACACACCAUACACGAUUGUGGCGCAGAUUCUCCCCGUGGAAAGCAAAGACUGCCAGCCCAACUGCCUUUAUGUACAGGAAAACUUUUAUAGCAAUCUGAUGGAUAGACUGGGCAAUAAACGCAACAAUUGCUGGGUGCAGCUGGAGAGUUUUAGUGACGAACAAACCAUACCAAGCAUAGCCACCAAGGCGCACGUUUAUCUGCUCAACAAUCCGCACGAGUUGCCCUCAGAACUGACUGAACUAAUGCUGAGCAACUACUUCAAUACGCCGCGACUGUUGCAUCGUGGACACACCUAUCGCAUUGAGGUGAACGCCGAGUUAGUAGGCACCGCUGCUUAUGCCCAUUAUUAUCUAAUCUUUGCUUACUUGCGAGAAGUCUACUUCCGUUGCAUACAUUUGGAGGCGAAGGGCAGCGAGUUUGAGCUGCAGGCUGUUGUGGCCAAGAACUUUAGCAAUCUGGUGCAGGUGCCGCAUUCACAUAGCUUUCUGCCACGCCAAACACUGGACAAUUGUGCUAUUGCUGCCAACUAUCCGAGUGGUUUGAGGAAACCUUAUGAAAUGCUUCGCUCAUCGAUUGAUGCUUUCCUGCCGAAGAAAUCAGCGUGCUUGUCAUCGAAGCACAUCUUCCCAGUAUUUCUGUUGCAAGGUGAACGCGGAGCUGGAAAAACGAAACUCGUCAAUGCUGUGGCCCAAGAGCUGGGCAUGCAUAUCUAUGGAGCGGACUGCGCGGAAAUUGUUUCACAGGUGCCAUCGCACACUGAGAUGAAGCUGAAGGCGGUGUUUGCCAAGAACCUGGUCAGCGAACCACUUUUGAUAUGCUUCCACAACUUUGAGAUUUUCGGCAUUGACAACGAGGGCAAUGAAGAUCUACGCUUGCUUUCCGCCUUUCAUGUACAGAUCCAAGAGCUGUUCUCUCGAGAUCGCAAGUUUCCCGUUGUUGUGGUCGCCUUGACUAGCGACAAGCAUCUUAAGCCCAUGAUACAGAGCCUUUUCCUGGAGAUAAUAAGCAUUGAAACGCCCAAUCAAGCAGAGCGCUUUGAACUGCUCAAAUGGAUGCAUGUGCGCGAAUCCUUCAAGGAUACCAUCUACAACCAAAAAGCGAUUGCACAGCUGCCGCUAUUUCCGCUUCAAAUGCAGAGUCAAUAUAUGAGCAAGCUGUCUCCCAAGUGGCAAGAGACGCAGAAUGUGCUGCGUGAAGUGGCAAACAAGUCGCAGGGAUUCCUCUUGGGCGAUCUGCAGUUGCUCUACGAUAAUGCUGUAAGACUCAAGCGUCGCAGUAAGUAUGGGGAAAAGAAUUUGACGCUAGAACAUUUUGCCACCAACCUCAAUGAGAUGCAAAGCUCGUUUGCCGACAGUCUGGGCGCGCCAAAGGUGCCCAAGGUCUACUGGUCGGAUAUUGGCGGCCUCUAUAAGCUUAAGGAUGAAAUCCAGAGCAGCAUUGGCUUGCCAUUGAAACACGUGCAUCUGAUGGGCAAAAACUUACGACGCUCUGGUAUACUGCUCUACGGACCACCCGGCACUGGCAAGACUUUAGUUGCCAAGGCGGUGGCCACUGAAUGCAAUCUGAGCUUCCUUUCUGUGCAGGGACCCGAGCUGCUCAAUAUGUACGUGGGCCAGAGUGAGCAGAAUGUGCGCGAAGUCUUCACGCGAGCACGAUCUGCAGCUCCUUGUGUACUCUUCUUGGAUGAGCUGGACUCGCUGGCGCCUAAUCGUGGUGUUGCUGGUGACUCGGGAGGCGUCAUGGAUCGCGUGGUGUCGCAACUUCUGGCCGAGAUGGACGGCAUGUCGAGUGGCGGCUCCACAAAACCCAUCUUUAUACUUGCUGCCACAAAUCGACCUGAUCUCAUUGAUCCAGCACUUUUACGACCCGGACGUUUUGAUAAACUCUUCUAUGUUGGUCCUUGCUCCACUGCCGAUGACAAGGCUGCAGUUUUGCGUGCCCAAACGCAACGAUUCGUUCUGGGCACCGAUGUGGACUUGGUGCAGAUUGCCGAGCGUCUGAAGAGCGAAAUGAGUGGUGCAGAUUUGUAUUCCAUUUGUUCAAAUGCCUGGCUCUCCGCGGUGAGAAGAACCAUCAACAAUCAUGUGAAUGACGGUCUCUCAGCGAAGGAGCUGAGUGCCGAAAACAUCAUCGUUGAAUCCGAUGACUUUACCACAUCCUUCAACAAAUUCGUGCCUUCAAUUAGCCAAACGGAUCUGGAGUACUUUAAGAACUUAAAGGCAUCCUAUAGCGUCUAAUUUGUAAAAGACUUUAUUGUUUGACUGUAUUGUUUAUAUUUUGAGUUUAUUUAUUGUAAUACAUUAUUUAUGAACACAGGUGUUGGCAUAUUUUUUUAAAAAAUU